AUGACCCCCCGGCCGCCCAUGUGGGGCUCGCCGAUCUUGUUGCAUCCGCCGGUCCGGCCCUCUGCAGCAGGUGCAUUGCCGGCAUGGCCUCGGCGGCUGCAACCAAGCAUCUGUGCAGACCGACCCUUGCUGCCACAAUGUAAUGGCUUCCGGCAACGUGGGUCUAUUCCUUGUCCAGGCAGCGACUGUUUCAUCAGCUUCUUGCAGUUGAACGACCGAACUUGCGAUUGUCCCGGUUGCACAGACGAGGACGCCUUCGAAUGUGACUCUUGUGUCCCUAAAGUGCCAUUCGGACCCACCGUGGCAGCUACCCAGAGCAACCUCGGAGUGGCGGUAGGUGUGAGUUUGGGCGUGGCCGUGGGCGUCGGCUUGGGCGUGGGCCUAGGCGUCUCGGCUGCCUUGGGCGGUGUCUUCUCAGCAGUGGGCGUGGUGCAAUUCACGGUAGCCAAUGCAGAGGAGUUCAUCAACAAUCCACAAGUUCAGCAGGGCCUGAAGAAAGCCUUCCUGCGCCUAGCGGGUCUGGCCAUCGCAGAGAGUGCCGUGACGCUGAACUGGGCCUGCGCCGGUGAUGCGCUGGCGAAGAUCAACAGCAAACUGCGACGCCUGGCGGAAGCCGUGCGCUUGUGCUUCGAGAUCGAAAUCGAAGGGGAGGAGAAGAGCCUGGAUGCCUGCGAAGACCUGGCGGGCACCUCCAGCGGCACCGCGGGGCGCGUCAUCAACGAGGAGCUAAGCGGCACCGCAGCUGCGGCCUCCGGCAGUGUCCAGGUGGUGCAGUGGUCUGCCAACCCCAAUCCACUCUCCAAGGACCCUACGCGGGUGGCUCCCUCAAACACUUUCGCCGCUCCCAAAGCCGUGGCUUUCGACCCAGGGAAUUUCCCUCCGGGUCUGACCGGGCCGGCCGCGCCAGCCGAACCACCACCCGUCAAGCGCUGAUGCUUCGGCUUGUGAAAGGGGUUCUGCCGCCUCCCCUUGCCCUGUGGCUGCACAAAGUUGCACGCGACUAUAAGGCAGUCAGAUCAGACGCAGUCUGGCUGCCAGAUUAUCAAGGGUCCUAGGGUUGAGGCUUUUGGCAAUGUAUAUAUAAUUAGAUUUGUGCAAUCGGCAGCAAGGAAUAGAACCUUUGUCCGCCAUGAAAUGAAAA